GCCUCACCUGGCGCUUUGAACCCUGCGGCAGCUGCAGGUCCAGGGGACGGGGAGGAAUUGCGCCUUCCUUUCGCUUUCUCAGGCCACAAACCUGACACCUGAGGCCAGAACUACACUUCCCACCACGCAGUGAGGCAGGAGGAAGAAGGGGCAGAGAGGUCUGAAAAGAAAAAGCAGGAAAAAAAGAAAGCAUUACCGGCUUGCUAGCCAGGGGUGAGAGACAGCGAGGCAGGUCUUUUCUAGGUGGCAAGAGCCAUGCAGUUCUCCAGCUCAGCCAGGGCAGAAGAUGAGAACUUUGACUAUUUGUUCAAGAUUAUCCUCAUUGGGGAUUCCAAUGUGGGGAAGACGUGUGUGGUGCAGCAUUUCAAGUCUGGGGUCUACACCGAGACACAGCAGAACACAAUUGGGGUAGAUUUCACCGUGCGCUCCCUUGAGAUCGAUGGCAAGAAAGUGAAGAUGCAGGUGUGGGACACCGCUGGCCAGGAGCGCUUCCGCACCAUCACCCAGAGCUACUACCGCAGCGCCCACGCGGCCAUCAUCGCCUACGACCUCACCCGGCGGUCCACCUUCGAGUCCGUCCCUCACUGGAUUCACGAGAUAGAGAAAUACGGAGCAGCUAACUUGGUCGUUAUGCUGAUCGGAAACAAAUCUGACCUCUGGGAAAAGCGGCACGUCCUGUUUGAGGAUGCCUGCACGCUGGCUGAGAAAUACGGCCUCCUGGCCGUCUUGGAGACAUCUGCCAAGGAGUCCAAGAACAUAGACGAAGUCUUCGUGCUCAUGGCCAGGGAGCUGAUCGCCCGCAACAGCCUGCACCUGUUCGGGGAGAGUGCCCUGGGCAGCCUCCCCCUGGACUCCAGCCCUGUUCUGAUGGCCCAGGGGCCAAGUGAGAAGACCCACUGCACCUGCUGAGCAUGUUCACGCGGCCAGUCUCGCCCACCAAAGAGGCCAUCUCUGAAACAAAAGGUAGCCAGAAAGCCUCAUGUCUCCCGAGCUGCGCCUCAGACCCAGGUGCAGUCUCACUGCUUGUCCCUAAUCCUUCCUGCCUGGUGGGGCAGCACCCACGAGUCAUAGCCUGACUCUGAGGAAAGCUGACGUCGUCAUUUUCCUCGGUUCCUGGUGAAACCAGGCCUGCAGGCAUGGGCGUGGGAGGACGAGCUGUGAGCUUCUCCCCUUUCCCUUUCUGUCUCCCCAGCACUUUCCCUGCUUCCUACUGAAUUUUGCUUCUUGCCUGAUGGAAAGAAGGGAGGAGGGAUAUCAAUCAAGAGGUGGGGAGAAUGUCUGGAAUGUUCUGGAGCAGUUUGAAACAGUGCAAGCAGGGAGGAUGGGACAAGAGCCUGCAAUGAGAAGCCAAGAUGCUAUUGUCACUUUGUUUCCUGGCGUUCACUCAGGUGUUCACUUUGGGGAGCAAGGCCUUUUGACAUAAACACUGGACAUGCCAUCUUGCCAGACGGUCAGGAACCCUCUCAUGGAGUUAGAAUUGGAUUUCACUUUAUCCGAGUGGGGCUGAUUUGGCCACCCUUCUGGGGAUAUAAGAGAUGCCUACAAUUUUUCUUUCUUUCUUUCUUUGGGGGUCAGGGGACAGAACAGGCUCUCGCUCUGUCACCCAGCCUGGAAUGCAGUGGCACGAUCAUAGCACACUGUAGAACCUUGAAUUCCUGGGUUCAG